ACAUACAUCCCCAGGAGGAGGGGUUCUGCGCAUGCGCACUGGAGCCACUAACCACACGCGGCUCAAUCACGACAUUUAUUUCGGCGUCCACUAUGCAUCAUCUCAACACUCUCGCUGUACGGACGUCCAAACACAGUCGAGCUUACUGUAAACACCGUGAACGCGCCGUCCACGAUUCUCCCAGCAAAUAACAUGGGUUAAGAAGAGGAUGUCUGGAUAAUUCAUUUCAACUCUUUGCAAGGAUGGGGACUCGGAUACUGUUUUCUGGCAGAUGCGUUUUGAAAAGAGAUCUCAAAGAAGGGUUUUAAUAUACACCUUCCACUCUUUCGUUUCCCUUUCCUUCUUUUCUUUUUUGAGAGAUGAUCGCAGAGUUGGUGUGCAGCGCCGUGGCACUGCUCCUGUAUGUCAACACACUGGACGCCGAUUUCUGCUACGAUGACAGCCGAGCAAUCAAGACCAACCAGGACCUUUUCCCUGAAACACCCUGGAUCAACAUCUUCUAUGAUGACUUCUGGGGAACACUUCUCACCCACAGCGGAAGUCACAAGUCCUAUCGCCCGCUCUGCACGCUCUCCUUUCGGCUUAACUACGCACUCGGUGGCUUAGAUCCCUGGGGUUACCAUCUGGUCAAUGUGGUUCUACACUGCACUGCGACUGGCCUGUUCUCUAGCCUCUCAAGCCUGCUGUUGGGGUCGGGUUGCUGGAGCCUGCUGGCUGGGCUUCUCUUUGCCGCUCACCCCAUCCACACCGAGGCUGUUGCGGGCAUUGUGGGUCGGGCAGACGUGGGAGCUGCUCUCUUCUAUCUCCUGGCCCUGCGCUGCUACAUAUGCCACUGUACCUUGAGGACAAGCAGUGCCCACGGAUGGAGCUGGAUGUGGUUUUUGGGUACCUUGGGAUGUGCUUCAUGUAGCAUGCUGUGGAAGGAACAAGGCGUGACGGUGUUGGCUGUGGCUGCCAUCUAUGAUGUGUUUGUCUUCCACAAGCUGAAGCUGCAACAGGUUCCUGCUCUCUUCCAGAAGAAGAAGAACCUGCGCCUUCUCCUCAGUGUGUUUCUCCUGGGCUUCUGGGGUGUCAUCCUUCUAGCCUGUCGUCUUUACUGGAUGGGCAACAAACCUCCGAACUUCUCGAACUCGGACAACCCUGCGGCCGACUGUCCCUGUUUCCUCACUAGAACCCUAACCUUCCUCUUCCUGCCCGCUAUUAAUGUCUGGCUCCUCCUCUGCCCUGACAUGCUGAGUUUUGAUUGGUCGAUGGACGCCCUGCCUCUGCUGAGGAGCAUUGCCGAUUGGCGAAACCUCCACACUGUUGCCUUUUACACCUCACUUCUAUCUCUGGCCUGGUUUGGACUUCACCUUUACCCAACAAAAAGCAAAGAAACCAAUGGUAAAGCCCAUCAUGUAGCAAAUGGAAAGUCCUCAAAUGGACACAGUUGUAGCACUGACUAUGAAAACUCAACUUUCUACUCAAACUCAGUGCAGAUGAAUGGAACAAAUGGUACUGUAAAGCACUAUUCAUCAUCUUUACCCACUACUGAAAGUUUGGUGGUCUUUUCAUUGGGUUUAUUAGCCAUUCCUUUCAUCCCAGCCACCAAUCUGUUCUUCUAUGUUGGUUUUGUGGUGGCCGAGCGAGUGCUGUACAUUCCUAGUAUGGGCUACUGUCUGCUGGUGGCUUUAGGAAUGAGGUGUUUAUAUGUCCGACUAAGGAGAAAGUCCUCUAGAACGUUGGUGUUGGGCUGCUCUGCUGCGCUGGUUCUUCUCUUUGGAAUUAAGACGGUGUUGAGGAACCGAGACUGGCAGAAUGAGGAGAUGCUAUACAAGUCAGGGAUAUCUGUGAACCCUGCCAAAGCCUGGGGCAACUUGGGAAACGUCUUGAAGAACCAGGGGAAGGUGGAGGAGGCUGAGCAAGCCUACAGAAAUGCUCUGUACUACCGAAGGAACAUGGCCGACAUGUUGUAUAACCUGGGUCUGUUGCUCCAGGAGAACAGCAGGUUUUCAGAGGCCCUUCACUACUAUAAGCUGGCCAUUGGGAGCAGGCCAACACUGGCUUCCGCCUACUUGAACACAGGGAUUGUCCUGAUGAACCAGGGCCGUCUCGAGGAAGCCAAGCGCACUUUUGUGACUUGUGCUGAGAUCUCAGAUGAAAACCUGAAGGAUCCGCAUGCACACAAAAGCUCGGUUACCAGCUGCCUCUAUAACCUUGGGAAGCUGCUUCAUGAACAGGGCCAUCAGGAGGAGGCUAUAUCUGUUUAUAAAGAAGCGAUACAGAAGAUGCCUAGGCAGUUUGCCCCGCAGAGCCUUUAUAAUAUGAUGGGAGAGGCCUUCAUGAGGCUGAACAAACUCACGGAGGCAGAACACUGGUAUAAAGAGUCCCUCCGAGCCAAACCUGACCAUAUACCUGCACACCUCACAUACGGCAAGCUCCUGGCUAUGACGGGUCAAAAAACGGAAGCAGAGAAGUUCUUUCUCAAGGCGAUUGAGCUGGACCCUACUAAAGGAAACUGCUACAUGCAUUAUGGUCAGUUUUUGCUGGAGGAAUCGCGGCUUUUAGAGGCCGCUGAAAUGGCAGAGAAAGCCGCGCAGCUGGACACUGAAGAAUUUGAUGUGGUUUUCAGUGCAGCUCACAUGCUCAGGCAAGCCAGUCUCAAUGAUGCAGCUGAGAAAUACUACAGACAAGCUGCCAGCCUGAGACCCAAUUAUCCAGCAGCUCUCAUGAAUCUUGGAGCGAUUCUGCAUCUCAACGGCAAACUUCAGGAAGCAGAAGCCAAUUACCUGCGAGCCCUGCAGCUAAAGCCGGACGACACCAUCACUCAGUCCAACCUGCGGAAGCUUUGGAACAUCAUGGAAAAACAGGGCUUGAGGACCAUGGCACCUUGACUUGGACACGUUUGAUUACUUCUUCACCUUCGCUGAGGUUGUAACUGAGAUGUUCUCUUUGAGCUCUCACUAGUGAGGUAAUCGACAUCCUAGGGCUGAUAAAGAACUUCUUCAAAACCUGGGUUACCUCAUGUGACACUUAAAUGUCUGGCAAAACGGAACAUUCUGGAACAGUCUAGACCUGCGGCACUCAUCAGACAUGCCGGGAGUCUUUAACUUGAAGUGGCCCAUAGAUACAUACUUGAAGUCUCAUGCUAAAUUAGAUGGCAAUUAGUUAGUCGACUCAUAAUAGUCUUGAAGGGCAAUAUUUGUCCUGAGGCUGAAUGAAAUUGAGAAGGAACGAGUGCUACAACCCCCAUGAGGCUAUACUCUGCAUGUACAGUACAUUUCCAUGUCAUUUCUCCAUUCUUAUGAUUGGAAUCAUUAAUAUUUAAUGAACACAUCAUGACGGAAACAUGUGGAUGCUUUAAAAAAAAAGCGUACAGUCUGAAUAUCACAAAAUAAUAAGAAAAGGCCAAACAUGUUCUCAUGAAAUCAUUCUCACUGCGAAAAAA